CACAAUCUCCAUAUGCACUAAGUCAGUUAGUCGGUAAGGCAUUAUUGCACCGAGGAGUCGCCGUGAAUCGUAUCUCCGUCGAUGCAGUGGGAGUGCAAUACGCCUUAUCUCGCUGCAUUCGUCUGGGUUAUUAUUAUUGUGAGUGUGUGCCGGGUUCUAAACUCUCUAGCGCUUCUAUUAAUAAUAACGGUGGAUCCUGGAGCUGGAUGUGCAUGCGAUAAGCGAGUCGAUAGUCGGCGAUUAGAAUUGUGAAAAUCAGAAGUGCGGAUAAGUUUCGAGUGGAUGUGCCGCUGAGGAUUUCGGCGAUGUGAGUUUGGUGGUUUCAAGAGGUAAUUUCAAUUCCGAGACCUCUCUGGAGGCUGUUUGUAGUUCACGACCUCAUCGACCCGAAAACUCCUAAGAUGAGGGAAGUGUGCAAAAGCGGCCCCGUAGUCGCAGCCGUCGUGGCAGUUCUCGAAAAACAAAACCUCAACGACAAGAGGCAAUUUACCGCUCCGAACAAAGCCCCUCCGAUAGCAGACAAGAACCCUCCACCGCCAGGCCACGGAGCGCCUCUCCACGUCGAUGAAAAUAAAACGUGUUCCAAUUUCGAAACUAAAAAUAGCCGAUGUUUAGACGACCAGAUUAGCUUCGAAUCGGCGGUGAAUGAUUUCAAUAGCGUCGCGGAAGACGUCCAGAAUUUCUGCGCUACGGAUUCGCUGUCGAGGGGCCAGCAUCGCGCCAAGACGGAGCCCCGGGAGAACGGCCACUUCCACGAGGUGGAAUUCAACGGGGUGCUCCGACUUAACCACGGGGUAGGCAUCGGCCACGGGGAAGGCGUCGACCGCGCCCUGGGUCUCGACUCCGCGAGUGAUAGUGACGACAGCAGCAGUAGUGAGUGCGCCACGUCGUCGGAUAGUGACGAAGAGAAGGAGCACGUGAUCAGCGAGGGUCUGGCUACCAUCACCGAGGAGCUGAGCAGCGUGCAUUCGUAUCAAG